CGACGGCGCUAGGGCCUGGGGGCGACCCGGCACGGUCUGGGGCGGCUCGGGUUGCGCUGCGAAGCCUGGAUCGGGACGCGCUGCGCUGACGCCGAGGCUGCAAGGGACCCCCGACAGUGUUUAUGCAGUUCCUCAGCCAGGAGGAGGAUGGCACUCCAGAGCUACUGCGAGGGGAAUGAGUCUCUGGCCCAAGCAUGGGCUCAGCAGGGCCUGUACCCCUGUUUCUACUUCACACUGGUGCCUGCAGUGCUGUUCAGUGUGUGCCUCCUCUUGGGGGCCCUGCAGUACGCCUGUUACGCUCGUUUCAGCCGCACCAUGGAGCCCAAGUAUAUCCCACGCUCCCCUCUGUACGCCAUCCAAGUCCUUCUCUCCCUGCUCCUUGCCCUCCUGCCCUUUGUCUCCCUUCUGUGGCAGGCGCUGGGCACACGGCAGCUCUAUGGGUAUAUGGUGCUGUACGCGUGCCUCUCUGCUGUGAGCUGGACCGGCUCAAUUGGGCUACUGCAGUUGGAACGCACUCGAGUGAUGACGCAGGAUCGGAUCAGAGGCCAUGGUGCAAUCCUGCUUCUCUAUUGGGCCCUGGCUUUUGCUGCUGAGAACCUGGCCUUCAUCUCUUGGAACAGCCCCCUCUGGUGGUGGGGCUUAGAAGACACCAGUCAAAAGGUACAAUUCAGCCUGUGGUUACUACGCUACAUUGGCUCCUUCACCCUUUUCACUUUGGGCAUAAAGGCUCCAGGGUUGCCCCGAAAACCCUACAUGCUGCUGAUUAAUGAAGAUGAACGUGACAUCGAGAACACUCAGCCCCUGCUGCCAGAGGCCAGACGUCAUUCCACCUGGAGGGAUCUCGGCCGGAAGGUGCGCCUCCUUGCACGGUACAUGUGGCCCAAGGGGAGCUGCCCGCUACAGGGGAUGGUGAUAUUCUGCCUGAUGCUGAUGGGGCUGGAGCGUGCUGUCAAUGUCUUUGUGCCCAUCUUCUACAAACACAUUGUGAAUGACCUGACGCAAGGCGUGGCUUGGCACAUCCUGGUUCAGACUGUCUGCAUCUAUGCAGCCCUCAAGUUUCUCCAGGGAGGAGGUGCUGGCUCUACCGGCUUCAUCAGCAACAUGCGCACUUUCCUCUGGAUCCGGGUGCAACAGUUCACUAGCCGUGAAAUUCAGGUGCAGCUUCUCAGGCACCUCCACGGCCUGUCUCUGCGCUGGCACCUCGAGCGCAAGACAGGGGAGGUGCUGCGCAGCGUGGACCGAGGCACUAGUAGCAUCAACAAUCUGCUAAGCUACAUUGUGUUCAGCAUCUUCCCCACUGUGGCCGAUAUCAUCAUUGCUAUUGCGUAUUUCACCACAACCUUCAGCGCCUGGUUUGGUCUCAUCAUCUUCCUCUGCAUGAGCCUUUACCUUGCAUUGACCAUUAUAUUGACUGAGUGGCGAACAAAGUACCGCCGGGACAUGAAUACUCGUGACAAUGAGGCCAGAUCUCGUGCAGUUGACUCGCUUCUCAACUUUGAGACGGUGAAAUACUACAAUGCUGAAAACUAUGAGGCUGGUCGCUUCAAUGAUGCCAUUGUUAAAUAUCAGGUCUCAGAAUGGAAAGUCAAUGCAUCGCUGGCAUUCUUGAACCAGACGCAGAACCUAAUAAUUGGAUUGGGACUGCUCUCCGGAUCGCUACUCUGUGCUUACUACGUAACAAAGAGGAAGCUCCACGUGGGUGACUAUGUUCUCUUUGGCACAUACAUCAUCCAGUUGUAUACUCCACUGAAUUGGUUUGGCACUUAUUACAGAAUGAUCCAGUCUUCCUUUGUUGACAUGGAGAACAUGUUUGAUCUCUUCAGUGAGGAACAGGAGGUGAAGGAUGAACCAGGUGCUGGGGAUCUCCGUUUUUUGGCAGGACGUCUGGAGUUUGAAAACGUCUAUUUUGGCUACGUGGAAGGGAGGGAAAUCCUACAUGAUGUUUCCUUCAGUGUGAUGCCUGGGCAUACCCUAGCACUGGUGGGGCCCUCCGGCUCUGGGAAAAGUACCAUUCUUCGCCUGCUGUUCCGCUUCUAUGAUGUGUGGGGAGGCUGCAUCCGAAUUGAUGGACAAGAUAUCUCGAAGGCAAAGCAGGCUUCCGUACGUUCACACAUUGGGGUGGUGCCACAGGAUACCGUGCUCUUCAAUGACACCAUUCGCAACAACAUUCGAUAUGGUCGCAUUGAUGCUACCGAUGAAGAGGUGGUGGAGGCAGCGAUCACUGCUAAUAUCCAUGAGCGUAUCCUCACCUUCCCCGAUGGUUAUGAUACACAGGUUGGUGAGCGAGGCCUGAAGCUGAGCGGUGGGGAGAAACAGCGAGUUGCCAUUGCCCGCACUGUCUUGAAAAACCCCCAGAUCAUCUUUUUUGAUGAGGCAACGUCAGCAUUGGACACGAAGACUGAGAGAAAUAUCCAGGCAUCCCUGGCUAAGGUGUGCGCGAACCGGACCACCAUCAUUGUGGCUCACAGACUAUCCACAGUAGUGAACGCUGACCACAUCUUAGUCCUCCGGGAGGGCCGAAUAGUAGAGCGAGGAAGGCAUGAGGAACUAUUGAAGAAGGGCGGCUUCUACACUGACAUGUGGAUGCAGCAAGGAAGUGAGGUGCCAGAUGUCCUGGAGGUGCAAAGCAAGACUGGCCCUGUGCUGAAGUCUGAGAGUGAGGGUAGUAUUGUUUCCAAAACAUCCACCAGGAAGAGCAGUGACAUAUAUGGGACAGCAGGAGGCAGUGAAAAGAGUGCUGCAACUGAGUCUGAGACCGAAGCUGAGCCUGAAACUAAGCCUGAGCCUAAGCCUAAACCUGAGGUUAAGCCUGAGGUUAAGCCUGAGGUUAAGCCUCAGCCUAAACGUAAGGACGAGGAGGAGGAGGAGGAGGAGGAGGAGGAAACCGAGACUGAAACAGAAGGCGAGUCAACCACUGCAACAUCAAAUCUAAGCACUGAAAGGACCUCUGAGUCCAAUGCGUCAUCAUAGUCAUGAAACAGAAAGAACUACUCAGUGGACCCACAGAAACAGGAAUCGCUUUUGCAGGAGAAUCUGGCCUUGAAGGCAAAGAGGGAGCAGCAACCAUCUCUGCCGUCAGUGACUGCUGACAAUAAUGGAGAAGAUGCUUACCAGAGUACACACCACGUCGUGGAGGCCAAACCUGAGAAAGGCUAGAUAGCAAACGUUCUUCUGAGUUGCUCAUGAAUCUGAUGUAUUAUCAGUGAUUAAUGACGGGGAGGCUGGGACCAUGAAUAAAUGCUUUUCCUUGCAAACAUGAGUGUGGGAAGAUGGGGAGGAGAUAUGGGGGUAUUACCAGCACUUUGUAUGCAACUGCAAGGAGAUUUUAGAGAAUGGCUGACUGUGUUCAUCAGUUGAUUUUUAAAUGUGUUUUGAUUUUCAUAAACCCUUGAGUGUUUUGAGAGCCAUCUGUGGAUCCAGUGUUU